AUGACUGGAAUCAAUAUGUUUUUGCAGCUGUUACUCUUUUUAGCGCUGCCAAUCCAGCUUCAUGCAUUAAUUCCACAUCAUGGACUUCCUAAAGCAGUUCCCGAAUUGCUUGAUCCACCUCAGACAGCUGAGGUGUAUCUUAUUCGCCGAUACUCGCAUUCUCACAGUGUCCUUUCAGGACAUAUAACCUUCCGACUGCCGAUAAAUGGAAAUUCUACUGGUGGAGAGUUCACAUUCUUCUUGUAUAGUUCUGGAACCGGUUCAAAUGUCGCUGUCUCUCCCCACAUGCACAAAUAUCAUUAUGAAUGCUUUUUCAACAUCAAAGGUCGUGUGCAAAUUUGGGCUCAGCAUGAAAAUGAGAUGCAAGAAGCACGAGUGCUUACUCAAGGGGACUUUGGGUCGUGGGCGACCUACACGAACCACACUUUUCAGUUCAUCGACCCUGACUCCGAGGUGCUUGCCGUUGUUGCGCCGGGAGGAUUUGAGAAGUUGAUGGACGUCAUUGGCAAGCAAUGGAACACGACUACCAAUACGCCAUAUUCAAAUGCCUAUAUUGAAGAAGGAGCAAAUGGUACUGGCAGUGUACCAGUCUCUGAAGUUCAGCAACUCACGUACUUGGAUGUUUGGUCUCAACCUGACUUUGUCCCACGACGAGACCUUUUGAACGGCACUACACCGAGUAACGCAGCUUGGCACGACGGGCCCAACUACCUUGGAAAUGACAGCGACACUUCGUACUGGGUCGCAAAUGGAUACGGACCCAAGUACCUCAACAAGGCCAUGACCGGUUAUUAUCAGAUUGUGCAGCCGCUAAUUACUCCAGAGUCCUCAGGGAACUAUAGCUUUACACAAUCGACCAUCACAAUCAACGGGCCACCAUCUGAUAUAUCGUCGCUUCCUUAUUUCAGCUUACCUCAUGGAAGCGCCUUCAUGGUACUGGAGGGUACCCUUACCGUUCAUAUCCAAGGAUAUCACCCGGUCACGCUUGUUUGGGGAGAUUUGAUGUAUGUGCCUAAAAACACUAGCUUCACUUACUAUACCUCAACUCAUUGGUGUAAAUUUCUUUAUGUCUCUGGUGGGAACAACUGCUUGGACACAAAGCUGAUUAAAGGCGGGGCCGCUUACAAUAGUGUUGUCUUUCCUCCUAAUUAA